AUGUCUAACAAGAACAAAUAUAAGAAAAAUUAUAAGACUGUGAUCCAUAAUCAUUAUAAUGAUCUGAAUGAUAAUACAACUUACAUUUUAUACGGCCGUUUUUAUUUUGUCAAGAUAUCUAAUUUUGUCCUGGUAUUCCUUUCAAAGCUACUGAUGUUCUUAGUGUCAAAAAACUUAUUCAAGAUCAUAUCUCUAUUAAUGUCAGGAAUUAUCCAAUGGUUAAUAGAUUGGUUAAGAAGUUUAUUCUUCAAAACUGAAAUGGAAUUAACUUUGGUUGGCCUUCAAAAUAGUGGUAAAACUACACUUGUUAAUGUUAUUGCUUCAGGGCAAUUUAUUGAAGAUGCCAUUCCAACUGUUGGAUUUAACAUGAGAAAAGUUACAAAGGGCAAUGUGACUAUGAAGUUAUGGGAUAUUGGAGGGCAACCACGUUUUAGAAGUAUGUGGGAAAGAUAUUGUAGAGGAGUGAAUGCGAUAGUCUUUGUCGUUGAUGCCGCUGACCGUGAAAAGUUAGAGGCAGCUAAUACAGAGUUAAGAAACCUUUUGGAAAAGCCUCAAUUAGCUAACAUUCCUGUGCUUGUACUUGGGAACAAAAAUGAUUUACCUGAAGCAUUAACAGCUGAUGAGCUUAUUGAAGCCUUACAUCUUAAAUCUAUUACGAAUCGGGAAGUAUCUUGUUAUUCAAUUUCAGCAAAAAAUCAGGUGAAUAUUGAUAUCACAUUACAAUGGCUUAUUAGAAAAGGAAAAGGACAGAAAUAA